AUGGUCUUAGCCCACCGUUCAAUCGUCCGCGCUGCGACUGCAGCUCAGUCCUUCCGUGCCGCUCCUGUUACCCGCCAAUCUGUUCAACUGCUUGGUCGCCGAUUCAAGUCUACUGGUGGCAGCUAUGAGAAAGGAUAUACAUCCAGUGAUUUGCCAUGGCGAGUUAAUGUUCUUGCUUCUGAGAAAUUUGAUACGGUCCUCUAA